AUGCGACCCGUGAAUUCAUUGUCCACUGAACGCUCCACCACAAGAAGUUCAAGUUUUGAUUUUUCAACUGUACAGUCAGAAUUAAAUACAAGUUCUUAUAGUGUUCAACAAAAUGAAUUGGUUGGGCCAAGUUGUACUGAAAGAACUAGUCGUCCUAUACGUUCAAAGCGUUGUAUAAAUUUUUCAAAUAAUACUUCAAGCUCUAGUGAAGUAAUUGAUGAUUCUGAUAAAGACCUCAAUUUUAUACCAUUAAGUCCUUUAAUUCCAGCUAACAUAUUUUCUUCCAGUUCAGAUGAAAAAAGUGAUGAUAGCCUGUCCCAACCCACACAAAACCCAACAAAAGAAUUCAAGUAA